AUGACGCUCGAACGGACUUCUACCAACCAGUCUCGUCGCAGCAAGCGCUCCCAUCACUCUCAUAGCAACUCCGAAACCCACUCCCGCUCGCACAACUCUAUCCGCAGAACAAGGACAAAUCAGUCCCUCAACGGCAAAGAAACCCCAGACCACCUCCAAGGACAUCUAAAUCACUUAACGCCUGACCAAGAGCGCGCACUUGAAGAGUUUAAGGCGGUUUGCGUUGAGAAGGGUCUAUAUACACCCGCAGAGGAGGGAAAGGCUGCUAGCCAUGAGGAUCCUACGUUGUUGCGGUUCUUGCGUGCGCGCAAAUUCGACGUGAAUGGAGCAUUGGACCAGUUCAAGGCCACAGAGGAAUGGCGAAAAGCAAACCAAAUUGAUGCGCUCUAUGAGAACUUUGACGUUGAUUCGUACGAGAAUGCACGGAGAGUGUAUCCCCAGUGGACUGGUCGUCGCGACCGGAGAGGCAUUCCCGUUUACGUCUUCGUGAUCAAACAUCUCAAUAGCAAGAAUAUGGCCGCCUACUCCUCUGGUGCCGCCUCAACCGCCACGUCCUCUACCCACACUUCCUCCACAGUACCUUCAAGACUAUUACGCCUUUUUGCACUCUACGAAAAUAUGACUCGAUUUGUCGUGCCGCUAUGUUCGUCGCUGCCACGGCCUAAUCCAGAGACGCCAAUCUCAAGCACCACCAAUAUUGUUGAUAUUUCGGGAGUUGGAUUGAAACAGUUCUGGAACCUGAAAGGACACAUGCAGGACGCGAGUGUGUUGGCAACAGCACAUUAUCCUGAAACUCUAGACAGGAUUUUUAUAAUUGGCGCACCCUCAUUUUUCCCUACCGUAUGGGGAUGGAUCAAACGGUGGUUCGACCCGGUAACGACGUCUAAGAUUUUCAUCCUCUCCUCUUCCGAAGUCAAAUCGACCCUCACAUCGUUCAUGGACCCGUCCAGCUUCCCUAAACAAUACGGCGGUGAAUUGGACUGGGAGUGGGGUGAUAUGCCAAACCUCGACGAACCCGCACAGGAGCUCGUAGGUGCGCUGGAAGAAUUGGGUCCAAAGGGGGACGGAGAAAUAAGCACGGAAAGCUCAAAUAAGACGGUGGAGGAGAGGAAAAGAAACUUUGUCAAGGGGCCGGUGGCCUGGCUAAAGGAUCGAAUUGAGAUUUUUGGUUCUAUCGGCGGACAGAAGCGUAGGAAGACGAUUCCCGUUCAGGGGGAACAGAAGCCAAGCGAAUCCGACCAAGCUGUUGUCAGUGAAGCCAAUGGCGUUGUUAUUGAAGUCACCCCAGCAGCUACGACUGAAGGCGAAGAGAAGCUUGUUACGACACCAGAGGCGCAGGUUAAUGGAACGACUGUGUCGUCGUAGCCUCUGCCGUUUUCACUCCAAUUAACUAUCCUGGCGUUUGGAAAAAGUUUCUCUGGGCGAAUUGACUUCUUGUGCAUAUCCCUGGUGAUAUGUUGCC